AUGAACAUGGAGGAGGACUUCAGGAGCGUUGAGCUGGAGGGUGCUGAGGCGCAGAUCGAGAUCACCAGAGUUGGUCGCACGCGAUCCUACGCUGAGGGCAAGGCGCUCCCACUUGAAUGGCGACAGAUCUUUGCUCAGCCCAAGGAGAAGGGACCCAAGGGACCCAAAGGCAAAGGCAAAGCCACUCCCACUUCGGCUACACCUGCGCAUGGACCUGAUCCACCUGCAGACCAGAACAUUGAGGUGGACGACGGGAACAACGACGAGCGUGGCUUGGAUGGGAAAACUAAGCCAAAAACUCCAGAGGCGCCAUCCAAGCGAUGCAAGACCACUUCGCAUGGUAUCCCAUUGGGAAUGGAGCUCAAAGACAACCCGGGAGCCGGGAACUGUCUCUUUGCCGCUGUUGCCGAUGCGCUUGAAGCUCAAGGUCGCUCAAAGCGCUCCCCUGCUGAGAUUCGCAACCUUGCAGUGACCCACCUUCGCACCCAUGCUCGGUCCUAUGAAGGCUUCUGGAAGGGAGACGCCCCGAGCGCCGAGGGCGCUGACAUGAAGGUGAAAGGAUUUGCAGAGUACCUCCGGUUGCUCGCUCGCGAUGGUGCAUGGGGUGGUUCGAUAGAAGUCGCUGCCCUUGCUGCGACCCUGGCGCAGCCGAUCUUCGUGUUUCGGCCGGAGGAGGCCGACGGCGUGAGGGUGUUCAAUCCCUCAGCCAAGGGCAAGCCGCUUGCUCUCUGGUUCAUGAACCGCCACUACCAGGCGCUGAUCGGAGCAGUUGGCCCCGCGGACCGGGCCAAGGCUACGGCCGCUCCAAUAGGCAAUGCCGCUGAUCGCGGCGGAGUCCCGGCCCCGAGCACUCUGGGAGGACACACGAGCGUGUUGGGGGGCCGGACGCACAAUGGCGCGAAGCUUAGCGCCAUCGGCGGCUGCACAAAGUCUGGCACCGAGCGGAAAAGCAGAUCCCACUGGUACGAUCCUUCACCAGCCGAGGUGCGCACCCUGUCCUCAAGCUCGGCUAUGCGAUCUCCGGCCCUUUCUUUGCCAGGGAGCGUUGCGGAUCCGGAUGCGGUUGAGGUCCCGAGCAAGUCCAAGUACGCCUUCCAUGGCACUUUCAAGUAUGAGUGUGACCUCUGCCCUUUCGCUGAGCUCUAUGAGACCCGCGGACAAGCCAGUCGCGGGCGUUUGAGCCACAUGCGGCGCGCUCAUCCUGAAGUUCGCAAGCAAGUGGCCCGAAAGCACCAGCGCCCCCCUUUGGUUUUGGCUGGAAGCGGCCAGCUUCUCGCAUGGGUUUGCCCAUACUGCAAGAUGGGUUGGCCCCAGGAUGAGGUUGCUGAUAAGCCGAGCAAGCUUCUCACGAAGUGGCGAGCUGAGCAUCAUGCCGAAGGUCACCCCCGUGUUUCGCAUGGAGCUUGGCAGAAGGCUCUGAGGAAGGAAGGGAUGGGCCCGAAAUUUAGGGCGCAGCGACGAGUUUUCAACCUCAACAAAUAUAUGGCAGUGCCCUUUCGCAUGCAGGAUAUGCAGAACGCUGGUUUUCAGGCCUUCACCUGGCCACGUGUGGUUGUGCGAGAAAAGACUAAGCGCGCCAAGCCAGAAGGUAAGGGUGCGGCGUUGCAACUUCUUCGGUCCUGGGUGUGCAAAACUUGCCGUGCCGUUUUCCGCGUCCUGAGAGAGGCCAAGCUGCACAGGUGUGGUGCGCACCACUAUGGUCAGGCCGCGGCUUACAAGCUUCGGCUGAAGCGGCUUGAGGAGGCAAGAAAGUGGGCGGAGGAUCACUUUGAGGCGCACGGUGUGCCGCUGGAGACACUUCGGUCCACUUUCAGCGAGACAAAGGUCGUCUUGCUUGGCGCCCCAAAAUCCAGUCGCCAUGAUUAG